AUGCAAGAAACCCUUGAAACAAGAGCCAUGAAACUGUACAUCAUCUUCUUCCUGGCAGUGGUGAACAAAGGAACCUCUAACUACCAACUACCCAACGGGACAUCCUGUGAAAUGGCAAACUCUCAGGCAUUUUGCCACAACAAAGACCUCCACCAAAUCCCUCAUGAACUCUAUCCAAAUGUAAACAAAAUAGAUCUGUCGGGAAAUCUGAUUCAAAGCAUUCCUGAAAUGUCACCAUCAUUUUACACUUCCCUUCAGUGCCUGGAUUUAAGCUCUAACCAGAUAAGUUUCAUCACACCUGGAGUCUUCGCACAGAUGAAGAGUUUGCUGGAAAUAAAUUUAGCUAACAAUCACUUAUAUGAGCUUGCUCAAAACGGCACAGAGGGGAUUGGACUCUUACCCAAGGUGGAAGUACUGGACUUGUCCCACAACAAUCUGUACAAUGGGAUGGCUGAGUAUUUCAUUAAAGAAGCUCCAGCACUGCAGUAUCUUUCCUUGGCAGACAACAGUAUUAUAAUGAUUUCACAAAAGAUGUUUCAGGGAUCUCCCAAUCUUGUGGAGAUAGAUCUUCAGAGCAACAUCAUCAUGGAAAUAGAAGAAGGUGCUUUUGAGACUCUAGCGAGCCUGUCCAAACUGAAUCUCUCAAAGAAUUCAAUUACUUGCAUCUCUGAUUUUAACCUCAGGCAGCUGGAGAUACUUGACCUCAGCAGGAACAGCAUUGAGACCUUUCACACCACAAAAUCAGAUGAUGAAUACAGCUUAAGGUGUUUGGAUCUGAGUGAAAACAAACUGUUUCAUUUCCCAGUGUUCCCUCAGGUAAAUAAGCUGGUAACUCUGAAUUUAUCAAAGAAUUUAAUCCAGCUCACUGCUGAAUCCCCUCAUAAUAAAAUGGACUAUGUGAAAAAUGAAUGGCUAAAUGCUUCUGCCCAUUUUCUUGACCAGAAGCAAAGUAGAAACAGAAGUUCUCUUUAUUUAUCACAGCUUGUAUAUUUAGACUUAAGUUAUAAUGAAAUCAAAUCCAUUCCAAAUGGGUUCUUUGAGUCAAUGUUGUCCCUUCACACCCUUAAUCUCAGCAAAAACUGUCUUCAGGCAUUUGCAGUAAGUUAUGACAGUGCACUGAUCUCUUUAACUGUCCUUGACUUGAGCUACAAUGCUUUGCAGAACCUUCUCCUUGAUGCUGGUACAUUGUCAAAUUUGAAGGAGCUCUAUAUUCAAAACAACUAUCUUCAAACACUGCAGUUUGACAUCUUUUCAAUUCUUCCUAGCCUUGGACUGCUUAACCUACAAAGCAAUAACAUCAGCCUUUGCAGCAUGUACUCAGGAUUGGCUAAGCAAAGGCUUGCUGGAGAGCAAAGUGGUUGUGUGUCGUUUGUCAAUUCUCCCUCUCUUCAGUACUUGUACCUAGCUGACAACAUGCUGAACGUCCUACCAGCAUACAGCUUCUACAAGACUCCUCUGGUUGUCUUGGACCUCUCCAUGAACCCUGGACUGAAAAUAGAACUUAAAGCAUUAUCAGGUCUGGAAAAGUCUCUGGAAUGUUUGUAUUUAUAUGGUAAUAGCCUGGUAGAUUUAAAUAUUGACUUGCCUUGUUUUAGUCACCUUAAACAUUUGAACCUCUCUGAAAAUCAGCUGAACUGGCUGCCUAAGUGGGGUAGUGACUCCUCACUGGAAAUUCUGGACCUACGGAACAACAGGUUCAGUACAUUGCAGAACAGCAAUAUUUUAGCAUUAGAAAAUUCACUAAAAAACUUGUAUCUCACCGGGAACCCACUCAGCUGCUGUGGAAACAUCUGGCUUUCAUCCAUGAUCCAGAACAAAAAUGUCCAGAUCCCCAACGUGGAGCAUUUAACAUGCCAGCACACUCAGAAUUUCAGGUACCAGGAUGAAAUGCACAUCAAGAACAUUAGACCAGAAGAUUGUGAAAAAGAGGAUCUGAAGAAAAUCAACUUCCUUACUAUAUUAACACUUGUGUUGGUUUUAUCUGUGAUCAUCAUCGGUGUGGGUUCAUUUUUUUGCUUCCGUAGGCAAAACUUUACCCAUCAGUUUAAAGCAUAG